AUGUUAUUCCCCAGUGAUGUCACAUAUGAUGAAAAGCUAUGCAGGCUACAGAUAAAUAAUUUGAGAAAGACAAGGCCAAUAGUUGAAAGCGAAAGUAAGUUUCAUAUAGGGCAUAUCUAUAGGGAGAUACAAUACGAAUUUGAACAAAUUUCGUUACGAGUCAACUUGGACCCCGAAGAAUCCGAAGAUGUUGAUUUUGCAAAGUCCUUAUUUUCACAGACUGAUACUAUCAUUGGGGCACCAUCUCUGAUUAACACCCUUAUCCAUGAGUGCAUCAAACACAACUGUUCACCACAAUUUUUACGUGAUGUCAUUGAUCAAUACGACAGUAAUGGAGAGGUAAGUGGUAUGAGACUCUUGGUUGCGUUAAACAGAUUGAGACGUGGUAUAUGGGAAUAUAAUAUUCUCGAGCGUGUAGAGUACAUCGAAAGGAUGUAUUUAACUUGGUCAUUUAGGAAGUGUGUUUUCGAAAUGGAAGCCAUAAAUGAGGUUAAGCCUUCAUUGUAUAACCGUCCAACAUUAAUUACAAAACUUUUGUUCAAAUCCAAUCAUUAUCCAAAAUUAGAAAACGAAUCAUCAAAUUCAAUGGUUAUAUUUGACAAGCUACAUGAUGAGUUUUUGGAAAGUUCAAGCGCAAACUCCGAUAAAGAGGUAUUUUCGUUUAAUCUGAUCAGCUCCACGAUGCUGCUAGAUUGUAUGAGGCGAGCCGGAUUGGAUGUUGAUUCACCACUGGAAACUUCUAACCCAUCUUAUCAUUGUGAGGCUAUAUCCAAAAAACGUAAAUUAUAA